CAAAAUGCUUCACUGCAGUGUUGAGUUCCUGGUUCAUAUCACGCUCUCGGCGACUCUUGGAACACCACGCAGCAUCAACUUUUUAAGAAUGGAAGUAGUAGAGUCUUAGCUUGUUAAAAUACUUUUAAGCUGAAUAGUGUUCAAAUAUACGGUUACUGGUAGACGUUUCGCAGCGGGAUGAGUCCGUAGACUCUUGUGCCGAUUUCGCUCUCAGUGGACUAUCCAGCUAAGCUAGCUAACUAGCUAGUUAGCAAGCUACAUUGCUUUCCAAAAUGACAAACUGCUGUGCUGCAGCCAACUGUGACUACCAGCAAGAGGGGCCUGAUAGCAGCAUUCCACUUUUCAGCUUUCCUUCGGAUCCGGAGCGCUGCCAAAAAUGGUUGACUAAUUGUUGUCGCCAAGAUUUGGCGUCACAACCUCCAGAGGAGCUGCAUAAUCUCUACAAAGUUUGUGCAAAACAUUUCGAGCCCUCUUUGAUAUCUGAUCAGAAAAUUCUCUUGAGCGAUGAUGCUGUUCCAACAAUAUUUGACUUUGCUGCACCCACCAAUGACGACUCGACGUGUAACAGAAAACGUGCAGGAGGCCCUGUGGAAGAGGAACCCACUGUGAAGAAGACAAAAGAAAACAUAGCAGCAACAAAAGUGACCGAGGAGACAAAAGAAAUUUCUGGUGAUGAAAUUGCAACACUUGAAGUGAAAGACAACCAAGCUCAAGAGAUUGUCAGCGGCUUCAAAGCUAAAGAGACUCUUAAGGCCUAUUUCAAGGAAAUUCUGGCACUGACUGGAUUCAGCAUCAACGGUGGCAACAUCAACACAGAUGAGUCGACCGGUGGAGGACGGGAUCAGCUUGCGCUUAAGAAAAUCUGUGUCGAGAAAAUCGAUAAGAAAGAAAUCCUGCAGUUUAGCGAGAGCCUAAUGCGUGAGGAGAUCCAGAACACCUUAAGACACGCCCGAUUCUUUUCCAUUCUGCUUCAAAAUGUUACCAGUAUCGAGGGAAGGGAGCAAAUCCCGAUUUUCAUUCGUUCGGUCACAGAGGCCGGGUUCCCACAAAAACACCUCGUUGGUUUCCUGCCUUGCGAUUUGGAUGCCGACAGUCUUUUUCACCAUCUUCUAUCAGAGUUGAGGAUUAAAUGGGGCUUACGGAUGGAGCAUUGCAGAGGACUCUCGUACCUCGUAAGUGGACGCAUGUGUCAACCCUUGCGAGAUCUGACGUGCAAAAUCUUACUGGAAUUUCCGCAAGUUGUUUUAUCCCCAAGUGACCCAUAUGCGUUCAACAUAUGGAUUAUUCGCUGCAUGCCAGUGCCAACUAUUCAAAGUAUCGUCGACACUGUCGAAGAAGUGGCCUCAUUACUCAGGAGCACCCCCGAGCUGUACAAAAGAUUGGAAGGGAAAAUCCAGAUGACAUACGGCCAUAUAAAAGGAGAAGUGGAUCGAAUCAAGGCAAUCAUCAGCGCAAACUGGGAGUGCGGCACCGAUGCCUUCCAAAGCAUGUUGGAGAUCUUGGAGCCUUUUCUGAACUGCAUCAACGAAAUGAUCUCCAAGGUGGAUGAAGAUACGGCCGAACAGAUGGCUAAACUCAAGCCAGUUCUGAAGAAUUUCAAUUUCAUCAUGACGUUAGUUGUUCUCAAGAACACCCUCUGCUGUGUCAGCAUUCUCAACUCCAGUCUCAAGGGGAUCAUCAGCAUGAGCAGUACUUUGCAGUACACCAUUUCAAAUGCCUUAAAGCUGGUCAACAAAUACCAACAGGACAUUGCCAUAUUCAACAGAAAAUGGUUUUCCGACGCAGUCAGUCGAGCCAAGAAGCUCGGCGUCGAAGUCAUCAAGCCGGAGAUUGAGCACGGAGAUUCAAACGACACCCCGCUCGAAGACUUUUACAGAGAAACGUUGGCACGGCCCAUCUUGCAGUAUCUCGUUGCAGAGGUCAAGCGGAUUUUCAGUACCGAGAUGGUGAGAAUUCUGAGAUGGCUCUCUUUAGUGCCGUCCUACAUGGCCGACCACAAUUUCAGCAUUCGCCGUGAUAAAGUAGCGGACGCCAAUUUGAACAACCUCGCAAGGCCCGACACGUUCUACGAAGAGCUGGGUUGUUGGGAAGUGAAAUGGAGGCAUGCAAGCAAGCGCAGGAUUCUACCCACCACAGUAUUUGCCACACUCAAAAUACCAGACAUCGCGUUCUACCCAAACGUGCAGAGCUUGUUGAGGGUGUUAGGCACCGUGCCUUGUGUCAAUGCCGAGGCAGAUGUUUACGGCCAAUACCACAUGGUGCUGGAACGAUGCCACGCCUACCUGAAAGACACGCCAGAGGACCAGAGACAGUGUAGCUCAGCGUACGUCUACGUCAACCAAGACGUGCAUUUCAAUGUUGAGCAAAUGGUGGAUACGUAUGUCCAGAAACAUCCAGACAUCCUGAAGAUGUUACAGACUGAUGAAGAAAGUCAAGAUAAGCCUUCUAAAGUGGCAAGCCAAGGAAACCACGCUGAUAAAGACAUAGAAGCCGAAUUGCAACUAAUCAAUAUGGAGAUGGAUGCUGAGAGUCUGGUUGAAAUGAAGUGCGCUGAGACGGAUAGAGAAGCUUUGAGGUCAGCUCUACAAGCCACAGUGACCGCAGCAUACAACAGCCAAAGCUGGCAACAAAAUGAGGUUUGUCCAGCUCAGGAUGGAGAAGUUGAGUACGUCACCAAGUCUGAAAUGAAAGAAGUUCUCGCUGUGUGUGAAGAUGCGGUCCGAGAAGGGAUUCUCAGCGAAGCCGGGAGUUCAUUCUUUUCGUUGUUCAUCGAUCGUGUGGUUAAGAUCGGGGAAAAGGACUAUCUUCCGCUCUUUCUUAGGUUUGUGGACAGUUUUGAUGUCAUGAGACUCGAGUUAAUGGGAUUCCUGGAAGCAGACCUGGAUUGUGACGCCAUGGUGCGACGCCUCUUGGAAAUAGUCACGGAAGAGUGGCGCCUGGAUUUGAAUAACUGCAGAGGUCAGGCGUACCUCGGGUCGGGUGACGUUUCCUACAAGCUGAAGGCUUUUGCUUGCAAAGUACAGGAGAAAUAUCCCCUUGCCAUUAGCACACAUUGCUCUUGCUACUCAUUCAACACAUGGUGGUCAAAGUCCAUCCCAGUAUCUGCUGUGAAGAGAGCCCUCGAUACGUUCGAAGAGGUGGUGAUGUUUUUUGGCGGCAGGACUGCUCUAGAAAAACAGCUUGAUCACGUCAUUGCCUACGGUCUCCGGGAGAACUACGAAAGGGUCCAGGAGUUGCAGGGGAAGUACUGUUCCCUUUGGCAAGAGAUGCACGAUUCGUACGAGGUGUUUGUGCAAAUGCUCGAGCCCCUUGUUGAGUGUAUGGAAAAAGUCAAAAGCAACCCACAAAGGUGGAAAAACGACAUCUCGGAACAAGCUGGAGUACUCUUAAACAAACUCAAGCAAUUUGAUUUCAUCAUUGCGAUGGUGAUCUUAAAGAACACCUCGUCUUUUACCCGAGAGCUGAGCGCAGGUCUCCAGAGAGACCAUUUCAACGCGGCGUUCCAGCUCUGUCAAAUCACCGGCAUCGUGGCCACGUUGACCAGAAUCAAAACCAAUUUGAAAGUCUUCCACCAGAAUUGGUUUGAUGAAGCCUGUGCGAUUGCCCAAAGUCUGAGAGUGCCCAUAGAAAUCCCCGAAAACUCCAUGCCAAGGGACAGCCUAAUAAAGCCAGUCGGUUUUUAUAAAGACAGCUUAAGUGUGCCCUUAGUCGAUAACCUCAUCAGUGCCGUGAAGGAUCAUUUUUCAGAGGAUCACAAAGAAGCUCUUAAUUUCCUCUCCCUGGUCCCUUGCUUGGUUACAGUGAGUUACAUGUUUGAGAGCUUAAAAUCCAAGCCACCCCUGUACAGCAGCGAUCUUCCCGACGCCGACAACUUCUUCACCGAACUCUGCUGUUGGAGAGUAACCUGGAAGACCAAAGUCGCCUCAGUGACCAUCCCCAAUUCGAUCUUCCAAACACUGCGUCUGCCGCUCAUGCAGUUCUUUGGCAACAUCAACGCGCUCCUUCGGAUCAUGUCGGUGCUGCCCAGCACAGCCCUGGAAGACUGUGGCGUUGUAAUGCGUCACAAGAAGUUCCAAGACUACCUAAGGAAUACCAAUGCCAAAGACCGGUCCCUGUGCUUGGCUGUGCUACAGGUCGGCACAGAUUUCAACAGAGACCUUGACCGCAUGGUGAGCCAGUGUUUGAAGGUUACUCCGCAAGCCCUGGAGGGUAUCUGUUUGGAUAAGGAAGCCAAAAGUUUAGUCCGAAACACUGACAAUAUGGAAGUGGCCACGUCCAUCAAGAUGGAAAUCGAUGAGCCUGAAAUUCAGCAGUGUCCCGACGUGAGGGAGGAACAACAACACGUCAAGCCAGUCGAUGAGAAUGGACAAAUUGGGGACAACCGUCAAAGUCUGGUGACAAUAUUCAGACAGGCUGCGAUCCUGGGGAAAAAAAACACCAGUUUCACAGAGCUCUCUGAAGCGGAAAAAGAGGAUUUCAUCCAGGACCUCAACAUGUGCCACUGGUUCCGGAAGGAGAAUAAAUGGGCACUGUCCAUGAGUGAAGCUGAAAUUGUGACAUUACUCAUAGAGGGAAUCCGAGAAGUCCUCCUGAAGGAGAUCCAGGAAUCUCCGUUCUUCUCACUUAUCACAGACAAACCUGUGAAGAUUGCCGAGGAGACUCACCUCCCUGUUUUUGUCAGGUACGUCCGAGAAUCUGCUCCAAAAGUCGAGCUGAUGGGUUACUUGCCGUAUGACGUCAACUGCGAUGUUGAUACCCAAGCAAGAAAGCUUGCAAAGAUUCUAACCGAGUCCUGGGGUUUGCCAAUGGCUCACUGUCGAGGUCAAGCCUUUAUGCAUCUGGGCUCAGGUUACCAAAGCCUGAAGAAAAUGUCUUUGGACAUCCUCGAGAGCUACCCGCUUUGUGUCGUAACGCCAAGCGAGUCCCGCGGCUUGGCCCAUUGGCUGGUAGGCAGCGUGCCUUGCUCCUCUGUAGCCAAAAUGCUGGAUAUCACCGAAGAUUUGCUCCUCUUCUUUGACGAAUCUCCCCGUCUCGAAGAACAGUUAGCGCAAGCUGUCGACGGACUGUUGAACGUGCCAAGGGAAGCUUUGGAGGAGAUUCCAGAGACGUUCUGUUCAAGAUGGAAGAAGAGAGAGGACUUCUUUGACAUACUCGCCGACACAUUGGAGGGCGUUCUCAGUUGCCUCGACGCCGUCUGUUCCGACGCCAGAGGUGCCGUGGCAAUGCACGCUCAAGUUCUCUCCGCCGCUCUGAAGAAUGUGGAUUUCAUCGUCACCCUCGUCAUCGUGAAGAAUGCUUGCGCUCCUCUUCGUAACUGUAGCACCAUCUUCCGCUGUGGCAACCCUGCCGAUAUUCUCUGCGAAGUGGAAAAGAUCCCGCUCAUCGUCGAGAGCCUCAGCAAAAUGUCGGAAAAUGUCAGCACGCUACACGCGACUUGGUUUGAGCAGGCGUAUCGGUUAGCCAACAAGGUAGCGCCUCAUCAAAUCUGUUUCUCGGAGGAGGCCAGCAGCUCCGAUUCCCCCGAGGUAUACUACAGGGAAAGUCUGACCAUCCCCCUCCUCAAGAGUCUCAUUGAUGAAAUGAAGUACACCUUCUCAGAGAACCACUUGAAGGCUCUAUCGAUCCUGUCUCUAUUGCCAUCCUGCAAUCCGCAGCCCAUCCUUCCCGAAUCCACAGACAAACCUUUUAACUUCUACCUGUCAGAUCUUCCCGAGCCGGAUACGCUUGAGCAGGACGUCAACGCGUGGGCCGCAGUCUGGGGAGACAAAGACCAGGAUGUUGCUCCCCCAACAUCCAUUGCUGAAACAUUGGUUCAUGCCGAGUGUAAGAACCACCCAACAAUUAUCUUACUCCUUCGGCUAGUCGCCGUGCUGCCCAGUGUCAGCAUCGAAUGCGACCUCAUGAAGUCCACGUUGAAUUCGAUGAGGGAUAUUUUGAGGAACACCGUAUGCAAAGGUAACAGGACGGCUCGCGUGAUGCUUCUCUCUCACAACACAACCCUGCAGAGGUUGCCAGAGGUCAUCGCCAAGUGUAUCGAGGUCGAUCCAGAGAGCAGUCCAUGUCUUUCACAGGUGAUGGAAACCAUACGAGGCCUAAAUCUAGACAAAGGAGAUGACACGGAAGACUUGUUAAAUCAGGCGUUGCCAAUAGUACCCAAUGCCACCAGUGAAGCAUCUGAGAAGCCUGCAGACGGAGAAGAGAAAUCAACCGAAGCCGAAGUCGUCGCGAAAACGGUUCAAGGGCCAAGACAGCCGGUGUCGUUUUACGAGCCGCUGUUGCGUGAAGAGAUUAUCAAAGAGCUCUGGGAUUCUCAGUUUUUCACCAUCAUCACCGAACAGACUGUUGACAUCGACGGUGAGGUUUACGUCCCACUGUGCAUCAGGUACUUGAACAAGCAGGACAUCCAAAGUGAAGAAACACUGGCUUUCAUUCCGUUCAUUGAAGACUCUGCGGUUCUCUUGGAAGCGAUUGAGACCACCCUCUCUGAGAAAUGGGGUCUGAACAUGGCGUAUUGCAGAGGACAGUCCUUGCUGAGCGUCGGCAAGGUUGGAACUCAGAUGAGAGCUGUGAGUUUAGCAAUAGCCAACAAAUACCCUCAGGCGGUAAGGACGCUCAGCUACAGUUUGUCGCUCAACGUGUGGCUGGCCAAGUCCUCUGCAAACGAAGAAGUCGCUGAUAGAACAGUGCUGAUUGAUAAAAUCUUACAUUGGCUUACACAGGACGUGGAACGGCAGAACAAAUUGGAAGAAAUGAUUCUUCACGUAUUUCAGAACAACGAAGGAAAGGGCAAUGAGCUGAGGGACAUGCUGAUGAAGAAUUGGGAGAAGAGUCACGACAUGCACGAGGUGAUGGCCGAGAUCCUCGAAGCUGUCUUGCUUUGCCUAAGCGAGCUCAAACAUCAGGGAAGUGUAUCGGACCAGCAGCAAGCGUGGCAGUUCUUUGAUUCCAUCCGAAACUUUGAUUUCAUCCUUUCACUGGUAGUGCUGAGACAUGUCUUGCACCAAAGUAAAAAGCUAAGUCAGUCUCUUCAGGGCAAGCCCUUAGACAUGUUACUUUCUGUGAAUAGUUUGCCAGAUCUCAAGGCUUCACUCAGGAAUUUGAGGAGCGAUAUUGACACGCAUCACGAGGCGUGGUUUGAGGAAGCUGUCUCGCUCGCAUCCAAACUACACAUCCCGUUGUUACAUUCGGUUCUCCUGGAACCUCUGAGCGAGUUUUACAAAAAUGCCCUCAGCAUGAAAUUCGUCGAGCACGCGAUAUCCGAAAUUGACAACCUCUUCACCGAAAAGGUGAUGGAUACCUUCAGGUGUCUGGAGAUUGUGCCUUACGCAAUGUCCAAAGUCGAAACCAGCACUCUUAGCGGUCUGGUGCUGCGCAUGUACAAGGAAGACUUGCCAGACGAGGCCUCGCUUCAAGAUGAGAUGAAGUUGUGGAAGGAGAAGUGGUUGGACCCCUUGGCCGGCUAUCUUCCCACGACUGUACUUGACACGCUCAAGACGUCACAGAUCCGAAGUUUUAGUAAUAUUGAGACUCUUCUGCGACUCCAGGUGAUUUUGCCAUUUUCAAGAAGGGAGAGUAACUUCAAGCAGGGAAAGAAAAGCUUACAGGAGUUUAUGCAGCAGGAAAAGCGAUCCCUCACCGAGCUCCAUCCUCUGUAAAAGCUGCAGGUCUUCCAUCAUAGCGAGAUGGUGCUGCCCACCAUCUUCAAGAACAAUUUGACUCUCGAGGUCCCCAAAUCGAAAAGUUCUGUGUAUAUUAUUGAUUUAAUGGAUUUUCCUUUUGUUGAUAGUCUGCUAACCGAUUUUUUUGAUAUGUUUGAUGAUUUCCUGUAGUUUGUACAGAUGUACUUGUCCAAUGGGACCAACACAGCGAGGGGGGGGGGCGUUAAAAAGCAAUGAUCCUUUGACGAUUAGCGAUGCUUUGUGUGCCUUGAUGCAAAUCAAAUAUUUACUAAUAUGUUUCACAAAUUGUCCCAUUGGCAUCCGAAACAACUACAGUAGUUGUUUUCUCAUUACCAGAAAUGACUCGGCUGUCAUCGGUAUCACUUUUUAUGAGUUAUUUUACUUUGUGUCUCACUUUUCUCUCACUUGUGCACGCAAUGAAAUGGUCAUAUUUUGUUGGUUUUUUAUGUUUUAUGUCAUAUUGCAAAACUGUAUUUGCUGUAAACCUAGCUUUUAAAGAAUGUCUCCUUGAUAGGAAAAGCAUAUAUAUUUGUCAAAAAAGUAAUAAAAGUGUCCAAAAAGUU